CGCCCUGCACCAAGUGCUUGUGACAUGUUGUGUGUGUGUGUGUGUGUGUAGUGACAAGUGGACUACUGCCAACACUUGGGCCUCGCCAACACACUAACAACACUUCCUCCACUCUCCCUUCACGCUAACUUAAUGAACUUCAACAAAAACAUAGAUAACUAGAUCUAAAUUGAAGACAUUCCAAUCGGCCCAAUCAAAGGUAUCUGCCAACUUUCAUGUCUGGGAACACUGUACAAGCGCUCACUUCAGCACUUUACCUAUAAACAUUUCCAGGAAGAGUGAGGUGUUUGGGGCGGGUGAGAGGCAGCUCUUGUGGUGGUGUCGUCUGGCGACCUGUGGCACCGCACACAUCAUAUGUGGCACAUGGCUCAGGAUGCCACUCAGCUAGCAGGAGAAUAUAAAUACAGGAAGUAAAUACAACUGAUAAGAAGGCUAUUGGAAAUGUCAACAUGAAGUAUGAGCUUUUCCUCACAUAAAAAUGGGAUUAAAAUAUUAUGAACACAUUAAGUGCCGAUUCAUUUAGAAACACAAUUUAAAAGCCCAGUCUUAAUAUAAGAACUUAAAACGCUGAAAGUACUUGUACAGUUUAGUAUUUGAAAACUACUGUGCUAUGGAUGGAAGAUAAAGUGUCUAAAGACAUACUGUACUUCUUGAAGAUUAAGACAUACAGUACUAUACGGGUGUGAAUCUAUGCGAAGGGCAAUAGCAAAGACAAUUACAGCCAAAUAAGGUAGUAAUAUGGCAAUAUAUAAGACAUAGGCGGAGGAGGAGGAAGCAUGGAGCACCUGGAGGUGAUGCCUGUCAGUUGUCGCGUGGUGUGCCUCAACGCCCCCCACCUCAAGUCUCUGUGUGUGUUUGAAGCUCUCUCCAGAACCCUGGGAUGCUACUACAACCAUCACCGACCACAGAUUGUAUCUUGCCAAGGUAUGGUGCGUCUUCCAGUGCCAAGGAUUGUGCGAAUACGGGGCCACGCGUCCCACACCCACACGCCUGGAGAGACACCCACUCUCCACACUACUCUACAGAUGGGGACAUAUCUUGUGUUUCACCUCACAGAUUGGGCACAUGUGAGGAAAUGCUACCUGGUACUUAAUGGCAUAGAAAAGGUUCCUCGCACAAAUGUACCACCUAGAAUUGUACUUGAGAGAAUUCAUGGUUCGGAUGCUACACAAUCACAACUAUCUUUUAAAGAUGUGACCCAUACAAAUGAAAACACCAGAAAUAAUGUUAGUCUAACAAGAACACACACCUCCCCCCUUCCUGGCACCUGCAUCACAAUGACUCGAGAUAGUCCCACAUGUCUUCCAAGCUCAGCAAAAUUGUCUUCAAGGAGAAGAGAUUUAAGUCACUGCAACAAAGACAACAAAGGAAACAUACAAGUUAAUAACAGUGUGCAUUUGGUAAAUGACCAAAGUAAACAAGACAUAGAAGGUAAUGGAUCAGAAGGGCACCAAGAGAAUCAACAUAAUCAGAUCAUUCUGAACAUGGACCAAACUGAGGAAGUAACAUCAUUACUGGAUGAGGAUGAGGAUGAAGAUGAAUACACUUCAGAUACAUCUGAUGACCUUCACAAGGUUGUGCGGAAGCGACUGUCAGUGGACAUCACACCACUCCUUAACCCACACCCAAAUGAUAAAAUCCUUGUACUAUUAUUGAGACCAGCUGAGGAGACACAAGCCUGGCAGUUUUUGUCAUCAUGUAUAAAGGUAACUCACUCCAGCAGCAACACUAUGGUUCUCGACGGUUCUGGCACCAUCAAGAAGGCCCUCACAAGAACAAAACCUCUCUAUUUUUCAAAAAAUGGGCAUGUGCAUAGAAUCUAGACAACGUCAUGGAGACUACACACAGUCUUUUAAUGAUCGUUGACACUCAUUAAAAUGUACCUGAAACAUA